UGCUGCCUGUCCAACCCCUACGGCUUUAUGUGGAAGUCAACGGGUUUGGUUUUUUAAAAAUGCAUCUUUAAUUCCCAGGUUUCUGAUGAAGCUGAGCCAUGAGACUGUGACCAUUGAGCUGAAGAAUGGGACGCAGGUGCAUGGAACGAUCACAGGAGUGGAUGUCAGUAUGAACACGCAUCUGAAAGCAGUGAAAAUGACCCUGAAGAACAGAGAGCCUGUGCAGCUGGAGACGCUGAGCAUUCGAGGGAACAACAUCCGCUACUUCAUUCUGCCAGACAGUUUGCCUCUGGAUACUUUGCUAGUGGAUGUUGAACCAAAAGUAAAAUCCAAGAAAAGAGAAGCAGUUGCUGGAAGAGGCCGUGGAAGAGGCCGUGGCAGAGGCCGAGGUCGUGGAAGAGGAAGAGGAGGCCCAAGACGAUAACUUCUCAUCAUAUUCUGGGCAUUUUCUGGGCAAUUCUGGGCAACUACCAUAUUCUAGUCAAUUUCAGGUUUAUUUUGUACAGGUCUUGUUUAUGGUAUCGGUUUUUAAUAAACUGAAAUGUGAAAAGGUGUCUUUCCUUUGUUAGCAAAGCCUGGGGAGGGAGGCAGGUGUGUCCUGUUUCUAGGGCUGUUGCAGACUACCCCGAUCUUGGUUGUCACUGUCGAGAUUUUGCCCACCCCUGGGGGCUGUAAAUUCCUCUUGCUUUUUGUGCCCCAGAACAAGAGACUUGUGUUGUGCUUUAACAGUGUUAAAUUAAUUAAUCCCUCUUUUCUAAGGCACUUGCCAUCUUCUAAUGGUUCCAUAGUUAAGACACUGUAUUAAGAACCCCUGUCCUGUGAGCAUCUCUAAUACUGUUCUUCAGAGCAACCUUUUCUAAAGUUCAUAGAUAUAAUUUUAAUGGUUUUUAUUACAUGAAGCUUGCAAUUUAAACAUGUUGCUUUCUUUAUAAAACAUUUACAUACAUGGGAAAUUAACCAGGUCCACGGAACUGCUGGAUUGUUACAUCUGAUGAUUAAAGAAUACCUGGAUAUGAA